AUGGAUAACUUUACGAUGAGUGGAUUUCUUCUCAUGGGAUUUUCUGUCAAGCCUGACCUAGAAAUCUUCUAUGCCUGUCUGUUCUUAGUUUUAUACGUGUUGGCUUUAGCUGGCAACAUGCUCAUCAUCACCACCACUUCCCUGGAUGACAGUCUCCAGUCCCCCAUGUAUUUCUUCCUGAAGCAUCUCUCCUUUCUGGAUCUCUGCUACAUUUCUGUGACUGUGCCGAGAUUCAUUUACAACUCUUUGAUGCACAGUGGAAAUAUUUCCCUCUGGGAAUGCAUCGUGCAGUGCUUCGCUUUUGUUUCCUUUGCUGUUGCUGAGCUGUUCAUGCUCACGGUGAUGUCCUAUGACCGCUACGUGGCCAUCUGCCUUCCCCUGCGCUAUGACGUCAUCAUGAACAUCAGAACCUGUAUCCAAGGAGUCUCCUGCGUCUGGGUGAGUGGGGCCAUCUCUGGAGUCAUGCAUACGGCAGCUACUUUCUCCAUCCACUUCUGUGGCCCUCGCAUCAUUCAUCAGUUUUUCUGUGAUGUUCCCCAGCUCCUGAGACUCUCCUGCUCCAAUGAGUAUAUCAGUGAUCUUGGAGUCACUAUCUUCCUGUCUUUCUUCUGUCUUGGCUGUGUCAUCUUUAUUGGAUUUUCCUACAUGCACAUAUUCUCUUCCGUGCUGAGGAUGCCAUCUGCUGAGGGCAGAGCUAAGGCCUUUUCCACUUGCCUCCCCCACCUUGCUGUUGUCUUAUUAUUUAUUUCUUCUAGUGCCUUUGAGUUUUUGAAGCCUCAUUCUGACACUCCAACUGCUUUGGAUAUUUUGCUCACUAUUUUUUAUACUGUUGUUCCCCCAACAUUCAAUCCAUUGAUCUACAGCCUGAGAAAUAAAGCCAUGAAGUUAGCUCUAAGUAAUAUUUUUAAAAGAAGAAAUGAAUAUCUCUUCUUUUGA